UUGCAAUAUGUUUUUUUGUCUUAAUGCCUAGCUCUACUAGAACCCGAUAAAAGGAAUUAUCUCGCUCACACACACAGUUGUCUUUGACCAUGGUAUCUGCCAAUUUGUCUGAAGGUCACUGGGAGUUGCAUGCUGAACAGCCAAUAACAGCCAAUGUUACUAACUGCCAGGGAGGAGAGGCAGAGGUUAGGCUACAGUAUGUCACCACUUGGAAAAGGGUAUUUUUUCAAUCCGACAUCAGGGCACAUACAUGCACCAAAUCCCCCUGCUCAGUUCUGUGUGUAUACUGUGUGCAUGCGUACAAUGUGUCUGUUUUCGCCUGACUGGGUGAAGAGUCAUGUCCCCAGAGUACAGCUCAGUGGGACUGCUGGCAUGUGGCUAAAGAAUCCCUGCCCUUUAAAACAGAGUGAGGGAGAGGAGAACAGAACAGAGUGAAAAGAAAAACAAGACUGGUUGGAAGUGGAUGAAGAAUGACAUGCUGCCUGACACAAAAACAGACAGGGGAAGAGUCACCAAGUGAAGGAGAGAAAAGGAGAAGCGAGGGAGGACCAAUCACAAAACCCUAUCUGUCUCUCUUUUUACUUCUCACUCUUCUUUCCUCCUUCUCUUGUUGCUGUUGUUGAAGAGAGGAGACAGACAAGGACAAAACCAUGAACCCGGACACGGUGAUGGACACCAAGGCGGUGUUUACUGCCCUGUACAGUGUGUGUGAGGAGAAUGCUACGUUCUUCUCUGAGGGUGCUCAGGGGGUCCAGGGUGGCGCGGCACAGCGGCUGGUGGACACCAUGACCCUGAUCCAGGAGCACGCUCGCAGCCUGGAACCUGUCAUCUCCGGCUUCGCAGCCAUCUACCACCACUUUGACUUUGACCCACACAUACCAGCCAAUGGAUACCGCUCUCUAGUCAAGGUGGUGCGCUGCUGCAUUCUCCACAUCAUCCACAAGGGGCGCUACAUCUCCACCAACCGACGCAGCAUCUUCUUUCGGACGGCCCACAACGCAGGGGAGAUGGAGGCCUACUGCUCGGCCCUAUGUCAGCUGAGAGCCCUGCUCUACCUGGCCCAGCGACUGCUGCACGACAACAGCCACGGGAACCUCUUCUUCCACGAGGAGAGCGGCCUCAGCCAGAGCUUCAUCCGGGAGUACUCCUCCAUGCACAAGGGCUGCUUCUAUGGACGCUGCCUUGGAUUCCAGUUCACUCCAGCCAUCCGUCCCUGUCUGCAGACCAUAGCCAUCGGCCUGGUGGCCUUCGGAGAGAACUACAGGCGCCACCAGUCAGGCAUUGGUGUAGCCGCCAGCUCCUUCUUUACCUCAGGGAAGUACGCCAUCGACCCAGAGUUAAGGGGGGCGGAGUUUGAACGCAUCACUCAGAACCUGGACGUCCACUUCUGGAAGGCCUUCUGGAACAUCACAGAGACCGAGGUUCUAUCUAGUCUAGCCAGUAUGACGUCCACCCAGGUGAAGGUGAACCGUGCCCUCUCGGUGCCCCCUGUGCCCUUUGACCUCCCACUGGUGGCUGAUCCCCACCUCACUGUCACCAUAGAGGCCCCGUCAGCCCACACCGGCCCUGGCCCCGUACAGAUGAGGCUGAUCUCUUACGAGCUGAGGGAGGGACAGGACAGUGAGGCGUUGCUGUCCCUGUCUCGUUCUGAGGGGGGUCCUAUCUCCCUGUCUCUGGGAAUGAAGACCAAGCAGAGCCCCCCUUCUCGCUGGCUCCUGGUGCACUACCACGGAGGAGGCUUUGUGGCCCAGACCUCCAAGUCUCACGAGCCGUACCUGAAGAGCUGGUCUCAGGACCUGGGUGUGCCCAUCCUGUCUGUAGACUACUCUCUGGCCCCUGAAGCCCCCUUCCCCAGGGCCCUGGAGGACUGCUUCUACGCCUACUGCUGGGCCAUCAAGAACCACCACCUGCUGGGUUGGACGGGGGAGAAUGUCUGUCUGGCCGGUGACAGUGCUGGUGGUAACCUGUGUAUUACAACAUCGAUGCGCGCUGCGUCUCACGGUGUGCGGAUGCCUGAUGGCAUCGUAGCUGCCUACCCUGCCAUCCUGCUCACCGCCUACGCCUCGCCCUCCCGCCUGCUCACCCUCUUCGACCCCCUACUGCCCCUCAGUGUGCUCUCCAGGUGUCUCAGCGCCUACGCAGGUGAGGAGCCCCAGGCAGAGAAGCAGGUGGAGAAGGUGAGCACUCUGAGCAUGGUGAGGAGAGACACGGCCCUCCUGCUCAGAGACUUCAAACAGGGAGCUUCCAACUGGAUCCACUCCCUACUGGACCCCAACAGAGCCGCUGCCACGGCAUCAAUAGACACGUCUUCUUCAGUGAGGAAGAGUGUGUCUGAGGCAUCCAUCAGCUCGCCCCACUCGGACCCCCCCGUGCCCCCUGAGCAUCCCUCUGACUUCUCCCUGAGGAGAGAGUCUCUGAAGAGCCACACCUGCCAAGACCUGGCAGGCCACGCCAACAACGCCAAUUCCACCCCCACUGCUGCCCCCACCACUCCUGCCCACAAUGCAAUGGUGUUCCCCGAACCCACGCCUGACAACGUGAGCUUCUUCCUCUCCAAAGAGGAGGUGGUGUCCAUGUCGGAUGCUCUGUCCUCUGUUGCCAUAGCGCCCCCUGAGGGGGAAGAGGGUGUGGUGCUGGAGCACCCUCGGGAGUUCCCCCUUGGCUUCGAACCGCUGCGCUCUGAGCGGCUGGCUGAGAUGAAGCUGGCCACCUCGCCAGUCGUCAGGAACCCCUACAUGUCUCCUCUACUGGCCCCCGACAGCAUGCUGAGAGGAUUGCCCCCAAUACACCUAGUGGCCUGUGCGCUAGACCCCAUGCUGGAUGACUCUGUGAUGUUUGCCAAGCGCCUGAGGAACGUAGAUCAGCCAGUCACCCUGUGUGUGGUGGACGACCUCCCCCACGGCUUUCUCAGCCUAUCACAGCUCUCCAGGGAGACUAGGGAAGCGGCUAACGUCUGCGUCAACAGAAUCAGGGACGUCUUUGACCAGAAGGACGCGCCCCAGGAGCCGCGCAUGCACCGCAAGCUGGAAAGGACCAAUCGCCGUGCUCCCUCUGUUGCCACGGGUGACCCAGAGAAGCUUUUUGCAGCACCCAUUCAGGAGGAGGAGCUGCUGGUGGCCAGGGGAGGGGCUCUAGUUCCAGAUGGGGAGGGGCUAGUUGGCGUGGGAGCACAGAACGACAUAGAUAUUGUGGGAUAAAGGCAUAAUCAGGGUUUGCUAGAUUAAGAGUACUGUUUAAAGGAUUUAAAAGAGAUGGAGAAAAGGGGGGAUUUGGGCCUUAUGAAGCCUGGGAGAGAAGAGAAUAGAGCGAAGGAAAGACGGCAGGAGGAGGAUAUGCAGAAGGAGUUGGUAGCGUGCCCAGUUUUGGAGAGACAGAAUGAAGCACCCAUGGAUAGAGAGAAGGACAGCAAGUACUAAAUGCAACCUCUUCAGCUUUCCAACUCUCAAUUGCUGCUUGCUGUUUAGCACCAUGCAGAGCAACAUGUUGCCCAUACUGGUUGACACACACACACCAAACCACUUUGCCUUUUGGUCUGCUGCAUUGUGCUUGGUGUAGAACUGUGAGUUUGGAGCCUGGACAUUGUAAAACAGCACAGAGCGUUGUGGUGAAUGGUCGUUCCAUCUCCCUAUAGAAGACUAUUCCAGUCCCUAAUCAGAUAGUGGUAGACGUGCAAUGAGCUCCUACAUAGUGCCAUCACAACUUAAUGGCCACUUGUCUUUUAGGGAGCCACUCUAAAUCAAGCUUAAUAACUGUAGAGCUCUGAGGUCUGUUAAACUAGUUGGUUGUGAAUACUGCCGCUGUUCGGUCACUUACUCUGCUGAUUGGCCCAUCAAUAGGGCGCUGCAGCGCUGGAAACAACAAACUUAGAAACUGGAAGGGUUUGGUAGUACCUUGAAAUUGUUAACCAUAAGAGCUUAUUAUGCCAUAGUAUUCCUUGUUAUUUGUAUUUAUUGUGUGUGUGUAUAUAUAUACUCGUAUUGUAUUCUUAUUUUAACCCUGGAUCAUAGUAUAUACCUGUUUGUUCAAGGCUUUUAAGAGCAUAUUGUGAGGUGGAUGCUAAGUUAUGUUCCUAGCUGUGUCGUGCCCUACUCUGUGGGUGCUCAUUCCUAGUUGUUCAAAGUAGCCAAAUGUUAACCUCUACCACUGUAGUGACUAGUGGUCAGCUAGCUGUUACCCACCUAACCAGUCAACUCACAGUGAGAUGUGGCUGAGCGUUGAUAUUAUUAUAUUCUGGUCUUUCUAUUAUACUGAUAUAUUAGAACUAGCCAAUCAUAAAUAGCUAAUGCAAUAUUAUAGCUGCAUUUUCAUCAGUGCAAUCAACAUGAUUCAGUGAAGCCAUAAUGAUAUUGUGCUUGGAUUUAAGUGCACUGUUGUGGGGCUAAAGCAUCAAGUCACACAGUAAUUUUUGUUUUGAUCAUUUUUAUUGACACACAGUAAUUAAGUCUUAUGAUUUUAAGUCUCUUGUGCUCAGCCUUUGUUUGUUGCCAUCUAAAAGCAAUCACUUAGCCGUCUAUAGACUGACUGGCUUUAGAAGCAGAUGUUUUUUUUAAAGACUGGAAAUCCUUUCUCUAUUAGCACAGUGAAUAACUUCAAUAAGAAAGCCUGAAGCAGACAGAUCUCUUCAUACUAUAUCUGUACAUCACUGCACUGACUGCCAAAAACGCAGCCCUCUAUCCCAGGAUGCAGUGCGUUACACUGCCACAGCCCUUGAGCCAGGGGACGUCCUGCUUGCUGACCCAUUUCUGCACCUCCGUCCAAAUCACACAGGAUCCAUUCUGCUCCAACAGCCUGUCCCGAGCAAGCAGGAGAAUCUAGAACAAGCCUGAUAGUGAGCUCAUAGUCACUAAACAGGUGACUUCUCUAGUUAGCUAAUGUGUCUUUCUGUGCACCUUUAGGACAUUCUACAGGGGCUGACUGAUAAUCUGUGUUCUACACCAUCUUUACCCCGUGCAAAUACUCAGGGGCUGACUGAUAAUCUGUGUUCUACACCAUCUUUACCCCGUGCAAAUACUCAGGGGCUGAUGCUACUACUACGUUUUGACUGAAUCUGAUAUGAUACUUGAUAUGGCUUCUGUCUAGCUUGUUGAGAAUGAAUGAUUCACAUUGGAGUGAAGGACAUUUCCCUUUUGUGUCGUCCUCUAGCAAGCCUUGAACUAAAUAUAAAUGACAACCUCACUUCUGGUGCUGUCCUUGUCUGGUGGUCACAGGCCUGGGUUGCCAGAUCUGUUGAGAAUUAUGAUGGGUGAUAAAGAUGGGUUUUGGCUGGAUUUAACCCCCACCCCCAGAAGAGCAGGGUUUAUCCAGCACAAGGUCAUGAUCUAGUAUUAUGAUUCUCUGUCCUGUUUGCUGCCAGUGCUUAUUGCAGCGUUUUGAGGCAGGCUGAUAGAAAUUAAGAGAGCUGUUAACUGUGAAGGUAUUCAAGGAAUCACUUAUCUUGUUUUUAGAAGUCUUGUGUUUAAUGGUUGAUGGUUUUAGACGCUGGUUAUGAUCAUUUCACACUUUUUCUUUGUAAGUUAAGUGUAACUGUGUGUCUGUGUUUAGUGCCCGUGUGAGUGUCUGGUAAGUGGAUUAUGUAUGUGUAUCAAUGACUCCAACAUUGCACGUGUUUGUCAGUGCUUGUGUGGGUGGAACAUCUACCAUCUUUGAAACAUGAUUGUGUGUUUUUAAUUGCAGCAGUAAAGCAGCAGGUGGGUGUAUGGGGCCAUGAGCUGCAAUCCAAGCCCCUGAAUCUCAUGGGUGUCGAACAGUACACUAUUGGUUAGCCAAGCAGGACUUCUGAGAUCCCAUUUAACAUUAUGCAUUCUGUCAGCCAUCCAUUACAAGGUCCUUGAUGAAUACAGUUCUCAUUGUGCUCUAGCAACAUGACUGAUCAUGCAUAUUGAGAUUUAGUAGCCUGGCGUCUCCAUUGCCAGAGUAGAUAUCAUAACCCCACACCCAACCAGCACCACUCCAGGCCCUAUGGGAUGCCCUGAAUGGCUCCUAUAGACUACUAGCGCCCCCAAUGAGCAAGGCUAGUACAGCCCUCUGACCCAUCUAUGGAACUGUGUAAUGGUGGGUUAGAACCGCUUGGUGGUUUAUGACCAAAUCCUUUUUAUUUGGGUUGUGGCUUUAGACCAGGUCCUGGUCAGAAACAUUGCUCUUAUUUUCUUGGUGGGUCACAAUAAAUGAUUUUAUAUGGGUCACAGUGCAACAGCUUUGGGAACCACUGCAAUAAGCUGCUCUUUUAAUGGCUACCAAUCCUUCACCUGAUCUGAGAGGAGGGCACCGCACAGGAGAAAUCCAUGGCAUGGUGCUAGCCCAUUAGUCUCGUGAGGUUACCACCAUCUUGUUUUCACCUUCCUAGUCUAGGUUGUCAGGAAAGGGGAGGAGCCAUUUGAGAGCAUUGGAACAUGGUCUCCCAACCACUGUUUCUAUGCCUCUAGAGGUUUUUAAAAAUAUAUAUAUUUUAUCUUUAACUAGGCAAGUCAGUUAAGAACAAAUUCUUAUUUUCAAUGACAGCCUAGGAACAGUGGGUUUAACUGCCUUGUUCAGGGGCAGAAUGACAGAUUUUUACUUUGUCAGCUCGGGGAUUAGAUCUUGCAACCUUUCGGUUACUAGUCCAAUGCUCUAACCACUAGGCGACCUGCCGUUUGAUGCAUUUGUGUACGUGUUGCCACGGUCAAAACAACUUGCCACUCUGAAAAAUAUGAGGUCAAAUCAUGACGUCAGUGAUCUUCAGGUCGGAAAGUCAGAGCUCUAGAAAGAGGCCCAAGAUUCCGAGUUGGAUGAAGGUUCAAAUACAUUUUCAGUCAGAGUUCGCUUUUUCCUCGAUUUCCCAGUUUUGAACGCUCGGAAGUUGGAGAAUUUCUAGUUCCUAGUUGUUUUGGGGAGUGUGGUCCUCAUUUUGAUCUUGAAAUGCAAAAUGGCUGAAGUGGUGUGGAGUGGCUUUGUGUGUUUUGAUUAUACAUCGUACCUCAACCAUUUCCCUCAUGUAUAGGCUAUUUACACUGGAUUCAACAUCUCUUAGCCCUGGGAUGUCUUUAGCUCUAGGCUAACCUGAAACAUGCAGUGUGAAAAGCCUAUUAGUACGUCAACAUAUUAUCUAAAAGCUGUUUAGGUCAAGUACCCCGUAAAAUGUUACCCUACACACAGCUAUGUAGUAACACCCCAGCAUCCUUUACUAGGUUUUAUCUCCUGUCUUUGGUGAGCCAUGUCUCCUUUUUCGAUCUAAAAUUCAGUCACUUAAUUGGUUGAAAUGCUUUCGAUCAACCCUGAGGCUAGAGUUAUGCAAGGCUAUUUUCCAUUUCCAUUUGGUCAUUUAGCAGACGGCGUACCACUUAGUUUGCCUAGAGCAUUGUGCAAUCUACACAAUCUGGUCACUUGAGAAUACUUGAAUGGAACUGAUCUCGACUGCCUGCUUCGCAGAAUGUGUUCUUCUUUAUAGGAAAUUAUUUUCUUCUCUAUUUUGUCCCCCUUAGACAAGGGGUUUUAAAAGUGGGGUCUGUGGAGGUACUGCAGGGCGUCCGCAGCCAGACAAGGGGUUUUAAAAGUGGGGUCUGUGGAGGUACUGCAGGGCGUCCGCAGCCAGACAAGGGGUUUUAAAAGUGGGGUCUGUGGAGGUACUGCAGGGCGUCCGCAGCCAGACAAGGGGUUUUAAAAGUGGGGUCUGUGGAGGUACUGCAGGGCGUCCGCAGCCAGACAAGGGGUUUUAAAAGUGGGGUCUGUGGAGGUACUGCAGGGCGUCCGCAGCCAGACAAGGGGUUUUAAAAGUGGGGUCUGUGGAGGUACUGCAGGGCGUCCGCAGCCAGACAAGGGGUUUUAAAAGUGGGGUCUGUGGAGGUACUGCAGGGCGUCCGCAGCCAGACAAGGGGUUUUAAAAGUGGGGUCUGUGGAGGUACUGCAGGGCGUCCGAAGCCAGACAAGACAUUUUCACCAAUUAUACAUUUUAACUCACCUAUUCCCCCCCAAAUGUUUUGUUGUACAUAAAUGCACUUGAAUUUAAGCUUUAAACUGCAAUUGUUUUCUCUGCCUCAUGGCAAUGUGUCAAUUGCAGGAUAUUACCUUUUAAAGCUGCAACAAUAACAAACCUCUGCCCCAUGACAAGGUGUUGCAGGAAAUUUGCUUGAUAACUACAACAUUUUCACUCUGAUGCCAAGAGGCAGGCCUUUUUCAUUUUACCUUUUUUAACUAGGCAAGUCAGUUAAGAACAAAUUUUUAUUUUCAAUGACGGUCUAGGAACAGUGGGUUAACUGCCUUGUUCAGGGGCAGAACGACAGAUUUUUUACUUGUCAGCUCUGGGAUUUGAUCUUGCAACCUUUCGGUUACUAGUCCAACGCUUUAACCACUAGGCUACCUGCUGCCCCAAAUGUUCUUUAAACGUUCUUUCCCCAGGCCCGAGACUUGGUUCAUUCAGCCAUACACUGCAGAAGUCAUGAUAACUCCUUGUGGACAUUUUUUUUUUAUCUCACUCUAGUUAUGAUUUAUGAGGGGUGUCCUGAUGAAUUUGCUAUCACAAAAGGGCUCCCCUCCCCAGCCCCAAAUAUUUUGCGAACCCCUGACUUAGACAAUACCACCUGUGUGAUAAAGUGCAUGUUAGAUUAAGGCUUGAAACAGAACCAAAGAUUGCGUCUAGUUUUAUAUGAAACUUGCUAUCACUGUCAUUGACAUUAGUAACAGACAUUUUGGCCUGGGUUGAUGUCUGUGCGUCCUGUUAGCUGUGUCAUUGAGAUCUACAUAGUAGUUCUGUGUUUGCACUUUAUGGAACAAGACACUGGGGUUAAUAUAGAGCUAUUUAAGAUAACUAUAUUUUAUUAAAAGCUACACAAAGCCAUAGAAAGACUGGAAGAAAAUGUUUUGAAGUAUACUUUAUUUUUAUUUCUGUUAUUUUACAACACCACAAGUGCAUCCAUGUGAAUAAAAGAUGAAUCUAUAUUACUAAAAUAAAUUUCCUGUAUAGAUAUUUUUACUUUCACUUGUUAUUCCUCUUAUUUUGUUUUUGACUCCUGUAAUGACUCUUUACAGGAUUGGUUGAAUGUUUCACAUAUGCAAUAAGUAUUUUGUCUCUUGUAACCCUUGUUUUUCCUUUCUUUUUUGGUUUUUUUAAUAAAUAUAUUCUCAAACAUG